CCUAUACAAAUUAGUACGAUGCGACAAGGUCUUUGGAGACAUCGUACAUAUUCAUUUCCAAAUAUCUAUGUGAAUCGUUUUUAAGUACCACAGAUGUCUGCUGGUUUAGAAUCCACUCAGUGUUUCGAUGAAACAUCGGCUGUACUUGAUGACUUUGUUUCCAAGUUUGCUUCUCCUUUGAAUAAAUUUGGAGCGUUUGCUGAUUCACCUGAACUACACCAAACUCUUGCACAUGCUGAGUUGACGAUCUGUCGAAUCCGGGCUUACUAUAAUCUCAUUCAAGAAAUUUGUCAACAAUCUGUUAUUACUGGUGAAGCAUUUUCCUCUUCUCUGUUUAAAUUGGCCAAAUGCAUUGGUUUGGGUUUAGAUCAAAAACAGUCAUGGUCCUUUAAUUCAAAUUUGUCGAGGGAAUGGAAUAAUUUUGGCACACAGAAGAUACUUAAUCAUGCUACUCAUCUAACAAGUUUAUUUGCAGAACAAACAAGAAGGCUAGCCACUAAAAUAUCGGAUAUAGAACAUAUUUUAUCAAAAAAUAACGAUAGCCUAAAUAAGUUGCAUGAUCUACGAACAAAUUUUCAACGUGCUUAUGAGCAUCUUGAUAAUCUAAUCAAUCGCGCUGCUUCAGCGAAUUCAACACGAUCUCCUAUAGAUUUACAAUUAUUUGAUAAUCAAGUUAAAGAGGCUCAAGAAAUUUACCAAAGGACAGCAAUAGGCUAUUUAUCCCAUCUUCGUCAAGUGAUUGGACCAAACUAUAUUAUUUCAUAUAUGCGAUUGGUAAUAUUGGCACUUUCUGUUCAACAAUCUUAUUCAGAACAAUUGGGUUUAUUAUUUAAUAGUUCCAGUAAAACAAACAGUCUAACUUCUUCAAUAGUAGUUCAGCAAUGUAAACAGUUAAUCACUAGCUUUGAGCAGAAAACAAAUACUGAAGUUCCCAGUAAAAUUAAACCAUCAGAAGCUGGAGCUGUUGAAAUAAAGGCUAUUAAAAAUUUGAACAACCCACCAAACCCUCGACUAGAAGGUUACUUAUUCAAGAGAAGUGGAAAGAAAGGUUGGCGUACAUGGUCUCGGCGAUGGUUCCGUGUACAUGAAAACCAGUUAGUUUAUUGUAAACGUUUCCAUGGAUUGACAUCUACAGACCUCCAGUCUGCGACUGAUACAGUGUCCAUGGAAUUAAACCGAAGGGUUUGUACAUCUGUAUCGAAUACUGAUCAUUUGACAAAUGGAAUUGUAAAUAAACAGCCUGAAAGUGGUCUUCUGACACAGUUGCUUUGUCAAGCCAGCCCACAAUGGACUAUUAUGGUAACUGACCUUAGAUUUUGUACGGCCCGAAUUGCCCAACCAAAUAAACGAUUGACAGCUGCAGAGAAACCUAUAAACUUAUUGAAUAAUUCUACAGAUCGUCGAUUUGUUUUUGAAGUAAUAUCCUCAGGCCAUCGAACAUAUUAUUUACAAGCUAUUAACGUAAAUGAAUUGGAUAUUUGGGUUAAUACUUUACGAUCUGGUUUUCAUGAUUUAUGCCAAACUAGUGAACCACAUUAUUUAAAGAAUGGAAUGGUGAAAGAAAAUUUUGUCAGCAAUUCGCUGGAUCUGUUAACUUCUCGCAGUCCAACUCAAAAUAGUUUGGACUUUUCUAACAGCCCAACAACUAGUUCUGUUUCAGGAUUCCCAAAUGGUCGUACGAAUGACCAUUUAGCUCAAGUGUCCCAUUCAUCUAUUUCAGGCCAAGAUGUAUUGAAUAACAAAAGUGGAAUUUUGCUAUGGCGUGAGCCUGAUUUGUCUGGUAAUCGUUAUUGUGCUGAUUGUUCUGUAGGAGAUGCAAGAUGGGCAAGCAUUAAUCUGGGUGUGACAUUAUGUACGUUGUGCGCUGCAGUUCAUCGCAGUUUAGGUGUUCAUAUUUCUAAGGUCAGAUCAUUGACCCUAGACAACUGGCAACCGGAAUUAUUACAUGUCAUGUUGAAUUUAGGUAACAAACUUGUAAAUGAAAUUCUCGAAUCAAAUUGGCAACGUUAUGCAUCAGAAUUUCCUCGUUUAUCAUCUGACACACCAUUUGAGCAACGUAAAGCUUGGGUUGAGGCUAAAUGGGUUCAUUUUAAAUUUGCUCGUCUUUCUCUACCACUUGAAGAAAAAGUCUCUGAUUCAACGGAAGCUGUUCAGUGGAUUAAACAGCUAUAUGAUAAUUGGCAAGAAACAUGUGCUCAAAUACGUCAGGAUUUUCCGGAACUUAUCUAUCAUCCUAAAUCGUCAUCUUCAUUACCAUCAAUUUGUAUAUCAAGUAGUCCCGACAGGAAAUUAACUCGACAUAAUAUUCGUCGAUAUACUCUUCUAAACGAACUGUUAAAUACUAUCAAAACCUUAUAUGAAAAAAACAAGUCAAGCAUAAAAAACGGAUCAAGGGCACAUUCAAGAUUAACUGAACAGAAAAUUGCUGCAAAUUAUUUAGUUAGUUUUGGUGCUCGACUUGGUUGCCCACUUCUUAUUUUAUCCGGUCUUACUGGAGGUGGUAGUCCAGAUGGAAAAUUAAAAACUGAUGAAAUGUCUACCAGUAGUUACCCUCCAUUAAUACUGGCUUCACGUAUUGGUUCUAUAGCAGCAUGCGAGUUUUUAUUGUUAAAUGGUGCAGAUAUUGAUAUAAAAGAUGACCGUGGUCGAACAGCACUGCAUCACGCUUGCCAAUUCGGUCGUGUUCAUCUGGUCUGUUUGUUAUUACGUCGACGAGCUAAUCAGCUGAUCUCCGAUAAUGAUGGCAAAUCACCAUUGGAUGUGGCAUUACAGUUAGCCAAUGCUGAUAUUGUAACAUUGCUACGAUUGCAACGGUUAAAUGAGACUGCUAAGAAAUCUGACUUCACAUUGAACGAUGAAACAGUCGAUGAUGUAUUUCGCGACUUCACCUCUCGUACUUACUAUUUGAAUUGUGAUGAUAAUUUCGAUGAUGAUGAAGUUGAUGAUCACAAUCACGAAAUAGCAAAUCAGAAUCUUGAAUCAUAUAACCUCUCUCCAUUACAUUGUCUACCAAAACCAGAAAUAACAUACACUACGAAUAAAGUUAUUAAAAUCCGACCAAAUUAUGGAGUGAGUUCAUCGAUUCCCAGUAGUAAUAGUAGUACUAUUAGUAGUAGUACUAAUACUACCAACACUACUUCUACUAAUAUUACCAUCACAUCAACUCCUACCACCAAUCGUGAAAUUCUUAUUGUGACUUCGCCUACUAAUCGUGAUUUUACUAGUCCAACUGGUUUAUCUAAUGGUGCUGUUGAUAUUCGGCGGCGACGUGACAAAAUUAAAAAACGUUCUGACUUGUCUGAUAAAAUAUAGUAAAUAAUUAAAUCAUCUUAUCUUUUAUUCGAUAAUUAUUUCCUUAUUUUCCAAUUCCUGGAUCCUGGAAAGAUGCUUCUUUAUAUUCAAUCAAAAUUACUUGCUGAUCUGAUCUCUUGUUAUUACUUAUUAUUAUUAAUCUUGUACUUUAUAUCCCGUUUAAUAUGUGAACAUGUUAUUUAUUUUAAAUAGAUUACAGAUAAUAAAUGACUUCAAUGUUUGGUUUCAGUUGAUCAUUUGUCUUAUAAGAAUGUUUUCUAAUAGAUUCAUUCCAUAAACUUAGUGUUAGUGAUAUGCUUAAAAGUAUCUGUAAACAAUAUUCCAUUAUUAUUAUUAUUAUUAUUAUUAUUAUUAUUAUUAUUAUUAUUGUUUACUAUUAUCAUCAUUCAAAAUUUCUCAGAAAUGAAUUGAAAUUAGUGAACUAUAGCUUCAUAGUAAGAUGCCAUUUGUUAUAUUGUUGUCUUAUUCCUUUCAACUUGAUGAACAUAUAUAUACAUAACCGGUACAUUCAUUACUACUACUAUUAUUAUCAUUAUAGAAAAAUUUCAUUUAUUUCCUUAUAAUUUGUUUGUUAUUCGUUUUAAAUUCUCUUCAAUUUCUAUCGUUUUAUUUUCUUGUAUUAAUUUCAAUUUUAAUUAUUAUUUUGUUUUGUAUAUGACAAUAAAACUUUUCAUUUAAUAUUUUGGGAGUAACAUAUACUUCUGUAAUACAUUACUUACUUACGCCCGUUACUCCUUGUGAAGGAGCAUAGGCCGCUCACCAGCAUUCGCCAUCUAACCCUGUUCUGUGCAAUCCUUUCCAGCUCUUUCCAGUUGUUAUUCAUCCUUUCCAUAUGUGCUUCUAUUUCCCGACGUAAUGCGUUCUUUGGUCUUCCUCUUUUCCGUUUCCCUUCAGGAUUCCAAGUUAGGGCUUGUCUCGUGAUGCAGUUUGACGAUUUGCGUAAUGUAUGUCCUAUCCAUUUCCAUCGUCAUUUUCUAAUUUCCUCUUCAGCUGGAAGCUGGUUUGUUCUCUCCCACAAAAGGCUGUUGCUGAUGGUAUCCGGCCAAUGGAUGUUGAGUAACUUGCGUAGACAGCUGUUUAUAAAUACUUGUACCUUCUUGAUGAUGGUUGUUGUAGUUCUCCAAGUUUCAGCUCCGUACAGUAGAACUGCCUUGAUAUUCGCAUUGAAGAUCCUGACUUUGAUAUUAGUUGAAAGUUGUUUUGAGUUCCAUAUGUUCUUCUAUAAUACAUUACGUAAUGUUGAUUUUAUUGUUUUGUAAUGUUAGCUGAAAUACUACUAGUAGUAGUUUUCUUUGUUCUUGAAAAUCAUGUACUAAAUAUUAGUUGUAUUUUAUUCACUUAGGGGGAGUAGCCCCUUAAGAAAACCAUCUACUUGGGUUUUGGCACCCGAGCAGUAAGUAUCCCAGCCCUCAUACAAAUGGAAUGAUGAAGUGUGACGCAUAUGUAUUCAGUGCCGCUUUGUACCAAUAUUUAUGUGUUUAAAUAAUAAUAAAUUCGAUCAUGAGACUAUUCUCUCACACUUCA